GCCCUGAUCUCUCCCUGCAGAACAGUUGAAGCCAGCUCAGCACAGUGGGCUGAUCUCGGCUAAGAGGGUGAAAGGAAGAAGGAGGGAUUGCUGAAGGCAGGGACUUACAGCUGCUGUCCCGCUACAGAUCGUGCUAUCUGACAGCGGUGCUCUCCAACCCACGCUGCACCACCUCUGUACCGCUUCGCUUUUUUUUUUUUUGGUAACUAUUCGGCCAUUUUUACCCACCAGCCUUUUUUGCACAUAUCCCUUUCUUUUUACCCAAUUCCCCCCCCCCUCCUCGCAUCGACUGUUUUUGUUUUCUUUUCAGGGGCUGUCCUUCGGACUCGACUGUAAGUUUUCCACGUGGAAACCCAGACUGCAACGAAAAAGGUGAUGGCCUUCAUUGGGCGUGCAGUCCAGCGCCUUGUAUUGGCAGCGCGUCCCCCCGUAGCCCCGCUGUGCCGGACAAGCUCUCGGUCUUACAGCACUGAACACACCAGUGAAAAGAGCGUCCCCUAUGAGAAGACACUCAAACAGGAGGAAGGAGCCUCCACAGGACCCACUAAGCCUUUACCAAGGUCAGCUGAUGUGGUGGUGAUCGGAGGAGGUAGCAUCGGCUGUCAGACCGUCUAUCAUCUGGCCAAAAUGGGGAUGACCAACGUAGUUCUGCUGGAGCGAGACAGACUGACUGCUGGCACCACCUGGCAUACGGCCGGCCUUCUGUGGCAACUCCGUCCCAGUGACGUGGAGGUGGAGCUCCUGGCCCACACCAGGAACGUGAUCAGCAAAGACCUGGAAGAGGAAACGGGCCUUCACACUGGCUGGAUCCAGAAUGGAGGACUCUUCAUUGCUUCCAACAAGCAAAGACUGGAUGAAUACAAGCGCCUCAUGUCGCUGGGUAAAGUUUAUGGCAUCGAGUCCUACGUUCUGUCACCUGCGGAGACUAAGGACCUUUAUCCCCUCAUGAAUAUUGACGAUCUGUAUGGAACGCUGUAUGUUCCCAAAGAUGGCACCAUGGACCCUGCAGGCACCUGUACCACCCUGAGCAGAGCUGCUACAGCCAGAGGAGUCACGGUGAUUGAGAACUGCCCAGUGACCGGUAUCCAAGUGCGAACGGACGACCUUGGGGUCAAGAAGGUUAAGGCGGUGGAGACACCUCAUGGAGCCAUUGAAACUCCGUGUGUGGUGAACUGCGCAGGUGUGUGGGCCACCAGACUUGGUGAGAUGGCUGGAGUCAAUGUUCCUCUUAUUGCCAUGCAUCAUGCUUAUGUGGUGACAGAGAGGAUAGAGGGCAUACAGAACAUGCCAAAUGUCAGGGACCAUGACGCAUCGGUGUACCUGCGCCUCCAAGGUGAUGCUCUGUCUGUGGGUGGUUAUGAGCAAAAUCCCAUCUUCUGGGAGGAGGUGUCAGAUAAGUUUGCCUUCAGCCUGUUUGACCUGGACUGGGACGUAUUUAUGCAACAUAUCGAGGGAGCUAUAAAUAGAGUUCCUGUUCUGGAGCAGACCGGUAUCAAGUCCACUGUCUGUGGACCAGAAUCUUUCACCGCUGACCAUAAGCCGCUGAUGGGAGAAGCACCAGAAGUUCGAGGUUACUUCCUGGGCUGUGGCUUCAACAGUGCUGGUAUGAUGCUGGGAGGUGGAUGUGGCAGAGAGCUCGCUAAGUGGAUCAUACAUGGCCGGCCAGAAAAGGACAUGUAUGGAUACGACAUCAGACGUUUUCACAGUUCGCUGACAGACAACGCUCGCUGGAUCAGGGAGAGGAGCCAUGAGUCGUAUGCAAAAAACUAUUCUGUAGUGUUUCCCUUUGAUGAGCCACUGGCCAGCCGUAACAUGAGGAAGGACCCUUUCCAUGAGGUGCUGACAGAGCAAGGUUGCAUGUUUCAAGAGAGGCAUGGUUGGGAGAGACCCGGCUGGUUCAACAAAGACGGGCCGGCUCCUCCUAAAAAGUACGAUUACUACGGAGCUUACAACAUUAGGAAUAACGAGAACUACAAAUACAAAGAACUCCUGGGCAAAGAGUACACCUUCGACUUCCCUCCGCAUCACGAUGUGAUUAAGAGUGAGUGUCUCUCAUGCCGACACGACGUCGCCGUGUUUAACAUGUCCUACUUUGGGAAGUUCUAUCUCACCGGACCAGAUACCAAGAAAGCAGCCGAUUGGCUCUUCUCGGCUGAUGUCAACAAGAAGCCAGGUUCCACUGUGUAUACGUGUAUGUUGAAUAAAAGAGGAGGGGCGGAGGCCGACCUGACGGUGAGCAGGCUGGAGCCGGGCGCUGCCAAGCUGCCGCUGGCGCCGCAAUCAGAUGGUGAUGCAUACUACCUUGCCAUUGGAGGCGGAGUCGCCGAACACAACUGGAACCACAUUCGGACGGUUAUUCAGGACCAAGGCUUCCACUGCCAGCUGACGGACCACUCCGAAGACAUGGGGAUGAUCAGCAUCCAGGGGCCUAAGAGUCGACAAGUACUGCAAGAAGUUUUGGAUGCAGAUCUCAGCAACGAAGCGUUUCCCUUCUCUACCCAUAAGCUUGUGAACGCAGCAGGAUAUCAGGUGCGAGCAAUGCGUCUGUCAUUUGUCGGAGAGCUCGGCUGGGAGCUCCACAUUCCCAAAGACUCCUGUGUUCCCGUCUACCGUGCUGUCAUGGCCGCCGGUGCAAAGCGUGGCAUCAUCAAUUCAGGCUACAGAGCAAUCGACUCUCUCAGCAUAGAGAAGGGGUACAGACACUGGCACGCUGACCUUCGGCCUGAUGACACACCUUUGGAGGCGGGGCUUGCCUUCACCUGCAAACUGAAGAGCUCCAUCCCGUUCCAGGGCCGGGAAACGCUGGAGAGACAGAAGGAAGAGGGGCUGAGGAGGCGUAUCGUCUGUUUCACCAUCGAUGAAAAAAUACCAAUGUUCGGUCUGGAGGCCAUUUUCCGUAACGGCGUCCCUGUUGGUCACCUCCGGCGAGCCGACUACGGCUUUUUCAUAGACAAAACUCUUGGUUAUGGAUACAUCCGCAACCCUGAUGGAGGAGUGGUCAGUGCCGAUUUCAUUAAAACCGGAGAGUUCACGCUCGAAAGGAUGGGAGUGGCGUACAAGGCCAAGGCGCACCUCAAAUCUCCAUUCGACCCUGAAAAUAAACGGGUUAAAGGAAUCUACGAGUGAGCGCCAAUGUGGUUAGAGAAUAAUAUGCAAUCUGCUGCUUUUCCACAUUCAGUUGCCACUACAUUUGUAUACCUCUGCCAUUGAUGGUGUUUCAUAAAUGUGAAGCGAUAAAGUGACGUUGAAGGAGAUUGAGUUUAACAAUAUUUGCUCAUUUAAAUGAUUUAAAUGUUCAAAAUCAAAGCAGGUCCACUAUUCCUUGACAUGUGCUCUUAUACGAUUAUUACCAUAAAAUUUCCACCAGUUCAAGACUUUUUAUCAAGACAAAGUCUUUUUAGAACUAAAUAAACUUCACUAUCCUCUCAGCACGCAAACAUAACUUACCCGAAUAAUUCGUUUUUGUUUUUUUUUUGUUUUUUUUUGCCAAACUAGCAAUUCAUUAGAGGAUAUUAGUCCAGAUAUUUAUUACUUUAAAGACUCAGUUUUUAACUUUGAAAGUCUUACUUCCUGUAGCAGCUCACUUUGCACUGAGCUGUUGAACAGAAUUAAUUAUCAUGAACAUAGAUAGACGUGUCUGUGUUGUAAAGUUUUAUGUGAAGCACUGAGAGUGUCCUUAACAAAAGAAGUCCUAAAAGGGCUCGGAAAAGAGAUUAUACGCGUGUGUGUGUGUGUGUGUGUGUGUGUGUGUGUGUGUGUGUGUGUGUGUGUGUGUGUGUGUGUGUGUGUGUGUGUGUGUGUGUGUGUGUGUGUGUUUUUACUCAAAGUAAAUCAGAUCCUGCCGCUUCCCCGAUAAUUGAGUAUUUAAUAUAAUUUGGCUUAAAUUAAGAGCAAAGCUGUUUUUAUAUUUCUUUUUUUUUCAUAUUUUUUGAUCACCAACAACUAGAGAUCAAGGCUUCGUCCUGAAGGGUAAAAUAUUCAGCCAUCUAGCAAACUGACUGUGUGUGACCUCCUGCUUCUGGCUUCAAAGUUUUAUAACUGUGCCUUUGGCGCUUCAUGCCCACCAAAUGGCUGAGGUAGAGUGAUGUUUUUUAUGAGGUUAACUAUUUAUCAUGAAUAUUUUUUAACAUUAACGCGAUAGGGGUCACAAUAUUCCAUGAAGGCUCUUUUUGCUCCAUUAGGUUUUCAUAAAAGUACUUAACGGCUAUGAGCUCUGCUCUUUUUCCACAGGUUAAAAAAACUCCACAGAGGCAA